GUGUCGUAUUCAAUAGGCGCCGAGUAGGCAGCGACAGUUUUUACCCCGCGAGUCCGUUUGAUGAAGAUGAACAGCCGUCUGCAGGAGAUCAGAGAGCGGCAGAAAUUGCGCCGGCAGCUCCUGGCUCAGCAGCUGGGGGCUGAAAGUGCUGAUAGCAUUGGUGCAGUAUUGAAUAGCAAGGAUGAGCAGAGGGAAAUUGCUGAAACAAGGGAAACAUGCAGGGCUGCUUAUGAUACAUCUGCACCAAAUACCAAACGCAAAUUUCCAGAAGAGGGAGAAGCUGAUGAAGAAGAAAUAGAAGAAUAUAAGGAUGAAGUAGAGCUGCAACAAGAUGAAGAGAACCUGCCCUAUGAAGAAGAAAUUUACAAAGACUCCAGUACCUUCCUUAAGGGGACCCAGAGCUUAAAUCCUCAUAAUGAUUAUUGCCAGCACUUUGUGGAUACUGGACACAGACCUCAGAACUUUAUCAGAGAUGUGGGUUUAGCAGACAGGUUUGAAGAAUAUCCAAAGCUUCGAGAGCUCAUCAGGCUGAAGGAUGAGCUAAUAUCUAAAUCUAACACUCCCCCUAUGUAUUUACAAGCUGAUUUGGAGGCUUUUGAUAUGCGUGAACUCAAAUCCAAGUUUGAUGUAAUUCUUUUGGAACCACCAUUAGAAGAAUACUAUAGAGAGACUGGCAUUACAGCUAAUGAGAAAUGCUGGACUUGGGAUGAUAUUAUGAAGCUAGAUAUUGAGGAAAUUGCUGCUCUGCGAUCAUUUGUCUUUCUUUGGUGUGGUUCUGGGGAGGGCUUGGAUCUUGGCAGAGUGUGUUUGCGUAAAUGGGGUUACAGAAGAUGUGAAGAUAUAUGUUGGAUUAAAACCAAUAAAAACAAUCCUGGAAAGACCAAGACUCUGGACCCUAAGGCUGUCUUUCAAAGAACAAAGGAACACUGCCUUAUGGGCAUUAAAGGAACAGUCCGCCGUAGUAAAGAUGGGGACUUUAUCCAUGCUAAUGUUGACAUAGACUUAAUUAUCACGGAAGAGCCUGAAAUUGGCAACAUAGAGAAACCUGUGGAAAUAUUUCACAUCAUUGAACAUUUUUGUCUUGGAAGAAAACGGCUUCACCUCUUUGGACGGGACAGUACAAUCCGACCAGGCUGGCUAACUGUGGGACCCACACUCACAAACAGUAACUUCAAUGCAGAAACAUAUACGUCCUACUUUGCAGUUCCAAAUUCUCCCCUAACUGGUUGUACAGAAGAGAUCGAGAGACUCAGACCUAAAUCGCCACCGCCAAAAGACCGAGGAGGUGGCGCACCAAGGGGUGGAGGAAGAGGCGGGACUUCAGCUGGCCGAGGAGAAAGGGGCAGAGAAAGAAAUCGAACUAAUUUCCGUGGGGAGAGGGGUGGGUUCCGGGGAGGACGGGGAGGUACCCACCGGGGAGGCUUUCCUCCUCGUUGAACACAUCCCUGCCUUAAUAUCACUGCUUUUCCUUUGUUUAAAGUCUGUCUUCUGCUCCGGUUAUACUUAUUAGCAGCUCAGUCCAGAGCUUUAGUACCAGUUGUAUUUUGUUUUCUACAUGCUGCUUGAGCCAGUCCACAUAUGGCACAUCAGCUUCCUUGAUGAGCAGCAUAACACACUUAUGACACAUCUCAUUCACAAAGACUAAAAUCAAAGCAGAAUCACCUCAUGAUGGUUUCAGUUGUGGUUUCAGGAGGUUUCAUCUGCUCCAUAUGUUCCUGUUUUCAAAACUGAUCUUCGGUCAUAGACAGUGAACAAAAUUCCCCUCUCGCCCUCUAGACACUAUUUCAUCUCAGGCUAAUAAAAUGCAACUCUGGUUUCCAUUGCAAUAAUAGAAAUUAGGUGUUGAUGAUAACAGAAGCUAUUAUCAUAUUUGGCGUUUAAUUCAUUUCACAACUUGUGUCAUAUUUCUUUUUAAAGGUGGCUGACCUUCAGACUAAUGAUGCAUAGAAAGCACAGAAAAGCUAUUAUCAGUAUUCUCUUGAUACCUCAUGUCUGUAUAACAGUACAUAUAGUGGGUUGCAAUUGCAUGUUCCUCUUCAUAUUCCCUCUUGUGUGUGAUCAGGGAAUAAUGCAAAUAGUGGUACUGAUGGGUGCCAUUUUUUAAAAAAGUUAAAAUCUUAUUACCUAUGAUGAUUUAGCAUAUUGGAUAAAAAACUGAAGUUUAGACUUCUACUUGGAGAAGGCUCAAUACCCUUAAGAGUAUGGACUAUCCAAACUGAAACACCAUUGAUUUAUUGAGAGAAAUUCAGGAAUGCUGAAUUUCCUGUUGAAACCAUUGGAACUUAAGAAAAGGUGCCUGGCUGGAUUGUGCUGUAAGUAUGGAGAAUACCCAAAUGAUGAUAGGAAAUUAAUUCUAGAAUACUGCCUGUAAAGACAAACACAUUCUUUUAUUGCACCCAGAUGCUGUGUUCCAUUUAAGUAACAGAAGGAAAAUGGCAAACUAGGCAGUAUUCAGCUAACCUCUUGGACUAGCAGAACGAUUUCAACUAGUGCGAGGGGAUUUUCCCCCUCUCUCCCCCCCCCCACAUAUCUCCUGAAUCUGUUCUGGGGUUUCCCCAAGCUUCCAGAGCAGAUUUGGAGACAGCUCAGGGUAUAUGCGGAGGGACGGGUGGAAAUCCCUUUGUGCUAAUUGAAGUCAUUUCACUAGGCAAGAGGUUAGUUGAAAAGCCUCCAAGAUAAUUUGACUUUUUUUUUUUUU